AUGUCUACCCCUCGCUCCCCUUCCUCGCUCUCCAACCCCGCAUCCGCCGUCAACCCUGUCGACACCGACACUAUCUGGAACAUCCACCGCCGUCUUUCCCAGCUGCGAAAAGCCCGUAACACGGACGACUUCCCCCCUUUGCUCGAUAUAGAGCUCCUCGUCGGGCUCGCUGAGGCGUUCCUAAACGCUCCUUCCGACAGUAGCCUCAAGAGCCGGUUCUGGGCCGAGCUCCUUCCCAAGGUUGACGCAGCUCUUACCAAGGCGUUCGAAAGAAGCCGAUCACUCCUGAGCCCGGGUGCGUCUGACGAAUUUGUUAAAAUCCCGACGGACAUCAAGGGCUGGAUCGAGGAGGUCGUCCCUAUUCAUGUCGAGUUGAUCAAGGACAUCGUCCAGCAGGGCAGGGGGAAGGAGGCGGUGUUGGAGCUUCUUCCAGUGCUCCAGGAGUUGAAGAACGUCAAGGACAUCCCGCCGGAAAAUCAGGACACUCUCUCUGACCUCGUAUUGGCACUCGACCGCCUGCUCAAGUCAGAAAGCCAAGAGCUCUCCGGAGACGACUAUGUCAUCCCGCCGGAGGAGAACUUCAUGCGCAUAUUGGGCGUCAACAACAGCGAUGAACUACGGCAGCUCUGUGAGGCCAGCGGCAUAUUUGAAUACACCUCCUACAACAGCGAAGACAUGUCCCAGGACGACUCGGACAAUCGCUCCAUUCUACGUCGUGGUGGUCUGUACGCAGCACCCCCAGCGCCCGCCGCCGUUCCUCUUUCACCGCCUGGAACAAGUGCAGCCGCUGCGUCCGCAUGGCCCCCGGUGCCCCGCGCCCCUGUUCCUGUUGCGCCAGGCGACGGGACUAUGGACAUGUCCGUCGAAACCAACCCCGCCACCACCUACACGGACGACUCGAACAUGUCCUUGGAAUCCACCGCGUCUACCGGAACCCCUGCUCAUUCCGAGGUGUACGAGGGCACGAUGGACAUGUCCCUCGCGUCCAGGUCCGCCGCCAUCAGCGUGAGCGAGUUCGACUUGAGCCUCGACCCCCGCCUCGACGACACCCCGGCCGCCUCGCCCACGCCCCCGUCGCCCGGCCUCCGCGAGCGCACGAACAUGCCCCCGCCCAGUCCGCGCGGGCGCACCGCGAAGGGGAAGGAAGGCGUGGAUCCGCGCACCCCGUCGGUGUCGGCGUCGGGGCGCGAGAGCCCGGUGUCGAGCGCGGGGAGCCAGAAGAGCCGCUCGGGCUCGCGCACGCGCGCGGUGCGGGCCCCGCGUGGAUGGGGUGCGACACCGCCGUUGAUGCACUCGACGCCGGCGGGCCUGGGCGCGCACCCGUCGCAGAAGGGGCCUGGGCUUAUGCGAACGCCCUCCGGGCUCUCGCACGCGUCCAGUGACGCAUCCUGGCCUGACUUCCAGAAGCUGCGGGACACGGAGGAUGCGCUUGCGAAGGAGCGUGAUGAGCACGAGAAGAGCCGUCAGGAGCUUGCGAGGGAGCGGCAGGAGCGCGAGAAGCGCGAGAUGGAGGUGAAGUCGUUGCAAGCAGCCGUCGAGAAAGAGAAGGACGAACGAGCGAAGGAAGUGAGGUCGUUGCAAGCGUCCAUCGAGAAGGAGGCCGACUUCUUCAAGGCUCUCCUCCAGGAGAAGGAUAAGAUCCUUCAGGAGAAGGACAAGCUCAUUCAGGAGAAGGACAAGCUCAUUCAGAAGGAGGAGGAGCGGCGCGAGUCCGAACUCAACAAGCUCGAAGGUCAAGUCGGCUUGUACAAGGACAUGCUCGCGUUGUUGAAGGACCAACUCAAGACGGCGCAGAAAGUGCAGUAG